CUUCAUGUAAGUUAUUUGUUCGCAUCAGUAGUUUUGUAGAGCUAGAAGCUCUAUCAUCUCUCUACAUCUGGUAGCUUGGACACCACGCCCGAUGCCUGAGCGGCAGCGAGCCGCCGGCGGAGGGACCAGAACCUUCGACCGCUCAGCCUUCAUACGUCGCGGCCGUAAGGGAGACAUCCUCUGGCCAACGCCUGCGUACCCAACCACGCCUUUUCUCCGACGUUGACUUCCUGAAUCUUCCACCCAAGUGACCCGGUCGAUUCAAUAACACACCGGCGGUCUCAUUUACUGCAGACGAUAUCCAGGUUCUAUCUAUAAUUUCCGAUUUGCUCUUAUUGGGACCUUCUCACAAGGUCGCCCACCCCUUCCAUCAUCGAUUAGAAAAAGCCCUGGAUGCCCUAGGGUUCUUUGACCAGUUUUCUGUUGGACUAAUUCAAUCGAAUCGGAUCCUGAUAAACUUCGAUUCCGACUCUGAUUUCCAAAGGUUUUGGUUACAAAAACAUUGGGAUUUCUUUGGUUACGCGAUGAAGGUAACCAGAUGGACCCCCUGCAAUGCUACUGACCGCGACUCCCCUUUGAGUCCAGUGUGGGUGGCCCUCGAUGGCCUCCCAAUUCACCUCCAUGAUGCUAGGGCUUUAUUCUCCAUUACCUGUCUCUUGGAAAGACCUCUUCAAAUCGAUAACCUUACGACCAAUUUCACUAGACCCUCAAUAGCCAGAUGUUGUAUUGUACUUAAUGUUUUAAAAGUUUUGCCCCAAAACUUCCCUCCUAUUCUGCUUGCUUUCAGUUUGACCACACUACCACCAUGUGUCCCCAGGAUGAAUAAAAAAAGAUUAUAAAACCUAUGAUGCUACCUUUGGCUGAGGUUACCUGUGAUAAGGAUAUUACUGCCCCUCUUUGUGCCUCUAUUGCUAACGUUGAAUGUGUAAUUAUCUGUGAAACUGCAGAAUGUCCCAUUAUUUAGAGUGAUGUUCCAUUUUGUGCUACUGAAAUCUCUGUCCCUGCUGACCAUGCCAAUGCAACCCCGUGUGCUGUUGGAGAGGUUAGAAUAACACAAAUCUCCUCUGAAACUGCUAUAUCCGCAGAUGCCCAUGAUUUUGAGUAUUCUGGUGCACUACGUAUGGUGCCCCGAUUACUCUUGAUGUCACAGUAAAUGUCCUGCAGGUUGAUUAUGUUGCACCUGUUAAAAGCCAAGUUACCACUGCCAAUGUCCCAGCAGUCUUAUCUGAUUGUGCAGAUAGCAAACUAAGUGUUGUUCUUCAAUCUGUAAUUAAUGUUGAUGCCCCGGUUAAUGUCCCUGCUGAUGUUGUAUUUUCUGUACCGGAAAAAUGUGCCAUCCCUGGGAUUGCAGCCCCGAAUGAUAGUGUUCUUAAAUCUGUCCCUUCGGUAAAUUUUGAUGGUGUUGUUCUUGAAUCAGACCAAGCUAUUCUUGAAUCAGUCACUACUGCCAGUGAUUUUACUGAGGUAGUUGGUGCCUCAAACAUAGUCCCCUCUGCUUAUAACUGUGCUUCCAUAUCCCAUGAUACCAAUGAUGUUGCUGAGGUCAUUUAUGCCUCAAAGAUAGUCCCUGCAGGUAGUCGAUUUGUUGCCAUAAGCCCGGAUGCAUUUGAUCAUUAUGAACCCCCGGUGGCUAGGCGGUAACCGAGGGAGUUCAUACUAUACGCGCAAGUCCUGAUCUUGGAAUCCCGAAUGAUGCUAAAUUUGGAAAUGAAGAACAACAUUCUGAUCCAUCUUUAGCAAUUUAACACUGCUGAUACUACACUUGAUCCAGCCCGGUCCAAUGAUGAUAAUAUAUCUGAGGACACCCCCUUUAUUACUAACCUUUCUACUGCAGGUCAUCCACAUUUACCACCACAGGUAGAACUAGACGACUUUACUCCGGUGAAGGUGUUUGUGAGGUUGCAGCGCAAGGGAAGGUAAUAAAUGAAAAUGAUAAAUUUUUAAAAUGAAGACAAUGCAUAUCGGUUACUGAAGAAUUUAGUUCAAGUUUAUCCUCUACUCACCGUCACUUUGCAGCUCCUUAGAUUUGCUGCUCAAAAAUGUUCAUGUGAUUGGAUUCGAAUCCAUGUUCUCAGUUCAUCUUCUCCAAGAUUCUGUGGCGCUAGUAUCAUUAUCUUGAGACAAAAUAGAAGCAAGAUGAUGCCCUAUCGAUGCAUGUCAAGUUGUCAACUAAUAUCAUAUGGAGCUUAUUUAGUCCUAGAAAAUUUCUAUGGGUAUUUGGAUUGUAAAUGAAUCAUAUGUAGUUUUGUAUCAUGUGGGAGUAUACAUUAUAUUAUUGUCAUUAACUCUUUGAAUAUCUUGUGUAACAAUUUGAGUAGUAAAUAAAAAUGUUGGUCUUGAUUACUUGUUGAAACUUAUCUCAUUUAAAUAUGAAUAUGAAUAUUAAUAAAUU